AUGUUUGAAUAUAAAAUUUUAAAUGUAAAAUUAAAUGUAAAAUAUAUCGAAACCGUAGAUCCAGUAUAUUUAGCGCUGAAACAAGCAACAGGAAAAUAUGGCCGAAGAAGCUCAAAUUAUGAUUCUACUACACCAUCUCCACGAAAUCUCUCAGAAGGAUCACUUCAGGAUUCUGGCUAUGCCGAAGCUAAUUAUGGUCCAAACUUACUGGAUAAUUCAUCAUCACCAGUUGACCAACCUGGUAUUGAUACAACACUUAUAUCUAUAGAUCUUUCAGCUUCUGCGCACAAUAGACGUCGACCACCGAAAUUACAUAAACAAAUGAAAUCUAUAUCACUUGAUUGUGCAGAAUUACCACAACCAAUUCCUAACAAUAUGAACAGUGGGCGCACAUCGAAUCGGAGUGGAAUGAAACCUGCUACGCCUAUGAAAUUAAAUAAUAGCUCUGGUGAUAUUCCAAAUUUCGAUAAUAAUCAGUGUCCUUCAAUUUCUUCUCCACGAGCGCCUCGACGUAUUCAUUCGUCUAAUGGCGAACGAAUCAAGAUAGUUGAUAAUGGCGAUCCAGAUUGGUUAUAUGGUUUUAAGUUGGGCGAGCGAUCUGAUCGUUUAAUUUCAUUUCCAAGUACAUGUGUGGCACUUAUACAACCCUCAGAGCAACCAAUGAUCCUCAAACAAAGUGUACAUAUACCAGAAGCGAAAAUACGUCUCUAUCGAGAUCAGAUUGUAUUCGCACAACCAGAUUCUCUAGUGAAUGGCCGUUUGUUGGUGAGAACUGAGCGAAAUGCCUUUGUAGAAUGUCAGCUUCAGUAUUUAUCACUACUAUAA